AGAUUCUAGUGAGACAUACUUGGUAAAGAUGGCGUCUGCGAGAGAAAAUGAAGAGUGGACUGAAGGCUUUACCAUUAUUAAAGACAAGCAUUAUCGUUUCAGAGACCAUACGAAUUGAUUUGUCAGUAGGAAAUACGUUUCAUCUGGCUGCUCUCGAUAUUUGGACAUUGUUUUAUUCAUUAGCGUUCGGGCGCAGACGUCCGCAGCUUUGUUUUCGAUUGGAGACAGCCCGGGGUUUGGACAGCUCACCAGCUUCAAGUUGGCAAGCGCGAAUGUUAGCCUGGAUAGCAUUUUGCUCUGCUGGCUUGGAUCUGUAUCGGUGUCCAUGGAACCAUAGCAGGACCCCUGUCGACAACGGACCAUACACCGUCCGCCAAAGUCGUUCUCGUACCAGCCGCCGUUGAUGAACCACACGGAUUAAAAUCGUUGUCUGGAAAUAGAGGCCAUUGAUCUGUCAUUGCGACACUGUUUUCAGCGUCGUGGCAGAGUGACUGGCCGACAUGUAUUUUCUAACCGGCUGGCCCCGGAGGCUACUUUGUCCGCUUAAAAGUGAAGAGGAACCCUUCUACAUCCAGCCCAGCACGCAGAGGUUUUACUUUGCGGUUUUGUCGGAGACUCAACUCAGCAUCUGGUUUAGCCGGCCCAGUGUCCUGAUUGUCAGCUACAUCGAGUCGGCCAAAGCGGCAGCCCAGUUUGGCUCCUACCAGUGUGCAGAAUGGAAACCAGAUGACUCCAUGAUAGCUGUGGCGGCCUCUAAUGGAUACAUCCUCCUGUUUGAUGUGCUGGGAGGACAAGAGGACAAAUACCUCUAUGAGGCCGUCUACCCAAAAGGGAGUCCCCGUGUCAAGGUGACGCCUGGUUAUAAGCAGGAACAGUGUGCUCCUGCUCUGACCCUGGAGAUGAAGAAACCUGUGGACCUGGAAGCUCCCAUCACCAGCCUCCAGUCCCUCCAGGACGACCUGCUGGUGUGCACAGCGGACGGAUACCUCCACGUGCUGCACUGGGACGGCCUGGGCAGCAACGGGCGCAAGGCCAUCAGCCUCACCACCAUCCCCUUCUCCCUGGACCUGCAGUCCGCAAGAGGGGGUCCGUCUCUGGACCUGGACAAGGUUCACAUCAAGUGCAUGGAGUACUGCGUGACCCUGGACGGCUUCGCCGCCGUGCUCAGCGAUGGACGGCUGGGCUUCAUCACACCGCUCGGCAACACCGUCACCGCCGACCAGCUGCAGGGCGUCUGGGCGGCUGACGUGAUGGACGGGACGUGUGUGGCGGUCAACAACAAGUACCGGCUGAUGGCCUUCGGCUGUGCCAGUGGCACUGUGUUGGUGUACAUGAUCGACACCACGACUGGAUCAAUGCAGCUCUCCCACAAGCUGGAGCUCACCCCAAAACACUACCCAGAUAUCUACAACAAGACGGGCCCUGUCAAGCUCAUCCGCUGGUCCCCGGACUACAGCGUUGUCAUGGUGACCUGGGAAUGCGGGGGCCUGUCUCUGUGGAGCGUGUUCGGAGCGCAGCUCAUCUGCACCCUGGGGGAGGACUUUGCGUAUCGUUCUGAUGGAACCAAAAAGGAACCAAUUAAAAUCAGCUCUAUGAGCUGGGGAGCCGAGGGCUACCACCUGUGGGUGGUCCCUAGCAUACCAGAGAAGAGGAAGAGGAGGAGAUCACAGGAGCAGCAACAACAGGAGGUGGAGGAGAAAGAGGAGGAGGAGCAAGUGGAAGAGCAAGAGUUAAAUGAGCAGAUGGCGGAUCCACCCGCUCCUUGCUCCCCGCCGCGAGUGGGCAUCUUACAGUUCCACUUCAUCAAGAGCGCCCUCACUGUGAACCCGUGCACGAGUAACCAGGAGCAGGUGUUGCUCCACGGAGAAGACCGCCUCUACCUGACCUGCGGGGACCCCGCGCAGACACACAACUACAACAACACAAACGGCGGCGGCGGCGGCGGCGGCGCCGACCCCCAUGUCCCGCACCCCCACGCACAACCCCAGCCCCAGGACGGCAGCCCGCUGCACUCCCCUCCCGGCCACAACGCCGCUCUCUCUCAGGGCCUCAGCACUUUACUGGGACACAAACACUGGCACGUCAUCCAGAUCCACUGCACAUACCUAGAGAGCAAUUGGCCAAUCCGGUUUGCAGCCAUCGACUCUGCAGGCCAGUGCAUGGCAGUGGCCGGGAGGCGGGGCUUCGCUCACUACUCUCUCUACAGCAGGAAGUGGAAGCUGUUUGGGAACAUCACCCAGGAGCAGAACAUGACCGUCACCGGGGGUCUGGCCUGGUGGAAGGACUUUGUCGUGGUGGCGUGUUACAAUUUCAUCGACCAGCAGGAAGAGCUGAGGCUGUACCUGCGGUCAUCCAACCUGGACAAUGCGUUUGCCUCGGUGACGCGCUUGCCGGCAGAUACGCUGCUGAUCAACGUGUUCCGGGACAUGGUGAUCCUGUUCCGGGCCGACUGCUCCAUCUGCCUCUACAGCCUGGAGCGGAGGAACAGCGGUCCUAACCCCUCAGCCAGUGUGGAGCUGCUCCAGGAGGUGUCCAUGUCCCGCUACAUCCCCCAUCCUGCCCUGGUGGUCUCCGUCACACUCACCUCCGUCCGCACCGAGACGGGCAUCACACUCAAAGCCCCGCAGCAGGCCUGCGUGGCAGAGAGCAUCAUGCUGAACCUGGCCGGCCAGCUCAUCAUGCUACAGAGGGACCGCUCCGGGCCCCAGCUCAGGGACAAGGACACGCCCCCCAACAACAAGAAGCUGCUCUCCUUCUGCCCCCCGGUGGUGCUGGCUCAGUGCGUGGAGAACGUGUGGACCACGUGCCGCUCCAACCGCAAGAAGCGCCACCUGCUGGAGGCGCUGUGGCUGUCGUGCGGCGAGGCGGGCAUGAAGGUGUGGCUGCCGCUGUUCCCGCGCGACCACCGCAAGCCGCACUCGUUCCUCUCGCGGCGCAUCAUGCUGCCCUUCCACAUCAACAUCUACCCGCUGGCCGUGCUGUUCGAGGACGCCCUGGUGCUGGGCGCCAGCAACGAGACGGUGCUGUACGACGGGCUGCAGGGCGGGGGCUGCGGCGGGGCGGCGUCCCCCUCCGAGCCACUGGAGGCGCUGUUCCCCUACUGCACGGUGGAGCGCACCUCGCAGAUCUACCUCCACCACAUCCUGCGGCAGCUGCUGGUGCGGAACCUCGGAGAGCAGGCCCUGCUGCUGGCCCAGUCGUGCGCCGGCCUCCCCUACUUCCCCCACGUGAUGGAGCUGAUGGUGCACGUGGUGCUGGAGGAGGAGGCCACGUCGCGGGAGCCCAUCCCCGACCCGCUGCUGCCCACCGUGGCCAAGUUCAUCACGGAGUUCCCCCUGUUCCUGCAGACCAUCGUGCACUGCGCGCGCAAGACGGAGUACGCCCUGUGGAACUACCUGUUCGCCGCCGUGGGCAACCCCAAGGACCUGUUCGAGGAGUGCCUCAUGGCACAGGACCUGGACACGGCCGCGUCCUACCUGAUCAUCCUGCAGGGCGGUGCCGGUACUGUCCCCCCCCCUCACCUGUCCCCUGGCUCUGUGCAGAACAUGGAGGUGCCCGCGGUGAGCCGGCAGCACGCCACGCUGCUCUUCAACACGGCCCUGGAGCAGGGCAAGUGGGACCUCUGUCGUCACAUGAUCCGCUUCCUCAAGGCCAUUGGCUCUGGGGAGAUGGACACCCCGCCCCCGACGCCCAGCACUCAGGAACCCAGCUCAACGGGAGGCUUCGAAUUCUUCAGGAACCGCAGCAUCAGUCUGUCCCAGUCGGCCGACUGCAUCACCACGGGCAAGUUCAACCUGCAGAAGACCUUCAGCAUGCCCACGGGACCCUCCUCUAAAGGGCGGGAGGUGGAGUGUGCGGAGAACAUGUACAUCGACCUGAUGCUGUGGCGGCACGCGCGCCACCUGCUGGAGCAGGUGCGCCUGCGCGACCUGGGCUGCUUCUCGGCCCAGCUGGGCUUCGAGCUCAUCGGCUGGCUGUGCCGCGAGCGCAACCGCGUGGCCCGCGUGGAGGACUUUGUGGGCGCGCUCAAGACGCUGCACCGCGACUUCCUGUGGCCCUUCCCCGUGCUGCCCGCCGGCAGCCUCAGCUCGCCGCUGAAGAACGGACGCUGCCGCGCCGUGCUGAGCACAACGCUGCUCAAGUCCCAGUCGGCGGACAGCCUGCUGCACAGCGACAUGGACACGGGGCCCGCCGCCCUCCCCCCGGUGGCCCCCAGGGGCCGCGCCUGGCUGGAGGCCCUGGGGCCCGGGGCCAAGGACAUGGACACGGGCUCCUCCUCAAGCCACUCCCUCCACCGCCUCACCCCCGAGACCCAGGACGCCUUCCUCUCGCCCCUCUCCAACAAAGUGGAGGAGUACAGCCUCGGCUCGGCCACGGACCUGACGGAGAACAGCUCGGUGGUGGACGGGGACUGGACCAUGGUGGACGAGAACGCCUCCACCCUGAGCCUCAGCCAGGCCGAGCUGGAGCACAUCUCCAUGGAGCUGGCCAGCAAGGGCCCCGACCGGUCCCAGGUGCAGCUCAGAUACCUGCUCCAUAUUUUCAUGGAGGCGGGCUGUCUGGAGUGGUGCGUGGUGAUUGGUCUGAUCCUGCGCGAGGCCAAUGUCAUCAAGCAGGUGAUUGGCUACCUGGAUAGCCCCGAGGUUCCGCCCGAGACGGUGCAGAGUGUCCGCAGCGGCCUAUUGGCUGUGGACUCGUGGGCCUCCACCGAUUGCCUGGGCUUCAAGCCCUUCCUCAGCCUGAUCCGGCCCCAGCUGCAGCAGCUGAUGGAGGCGGCGGCCGAGCAGGUCCACACCGAGGCCUUCCAGGCCACCGGCCCGGGGGGCUCCAAGCUGGGCGGGGGCGGCGCCGACGGCCUGGCGGGAGGGGGGGCCGGAGGAGGAGCAGGAGGCGGAGGCGGCGGAGGAGGAGGAGGAGGUGGUGGAGGUGGAGGAGCGAUGGGCGGGGGGGCCUCAGCCCGGACCGAGGACAGCAGAUCCAGCACGGCCUCGCUGGGCCUGGCCAUGCCCUCCCUGGACCCCCCUGGGGGCUUCCCCCGGCCCCCCGCCGAGGUCGGGCCCCCGGAGGAGGGGGAGGAGCUGGGGGACAACGAGGGGGAGUACGACUGCACCCUGUCAUGAACACUAAAGAGAGAGGGGGAGAGAGAGGGAGGGGGAACUCCUGAACUCUGAACUAUGGUUGAACUUUGGACCCUGGAGGUAUAGGCAAAGGAAGAAUGGCCGGAGGUCGAAGAUGCAGAAUUAGGAAGGAUUGGAAUUAAAGUGUGUGUGUGUGCGACUGUGUGUGUGUUACUGCUGGUCUGACUGUGUGUUCAGGAAGAGCCCGCAGUAGGUGCAGGUUGUUCAUUGAAUCCGUAUUAUCCACUCUAUAGAUUCCAAACUAGAGGCCUGUUGGAGACCUACACUGGCCCGCUACCAGAAGCCCAAACCGACUAGCACGCACACACACACACACACACACACACACAGACACACACACACACACACCACACACAGAUAGCCAACCCGAAACACAGGCGGAAGAAGGCAAACCAACAGGCUCCUUUUAGCUGUUGUCAUUUUUUAUCCUCAAUAUGGCUUACCAAGAGAGACGGAGAGACCCUGUGGUGUGUGUGCGCGUGUGUGUUUGUGUGUGUUCAGGACCGCAGGCACAGGCACCUCUUUUCUCUUCAUCCUCCAGAUUGCCCACCAAUGUUUUUUUGCCACACACCGUGUUGUCACUGGACACUUUCGGACCGUAAUUUGUCUCCCAAAUCUCCACCGCCACUAAUCCUUAUCUGAGCCCCCCUCGCUGGACGGCCGCUCAGUUAAGUUCUUGAUCUUCGAUGUGCACAGACGUCUCACGGCCACUCACUCGAGGCACUUGGGGUGUGUGUGUGUGUGUGUGUGUGUGUGUGUGUGUGUGUGUGUGUGUGUGUGUGUGUGUGUGUGUGUGUGUGUGUGUGUGUGUGUGUGUGUGUGUGUGUGUGUGUGUGAGGGGGGGGGGGGGGGGGGUCGUCCGCACUUUCAUACCUCAUGAUUUCAAGUUGCUUCCUUUUUUCUCCAAUCAUGUAAUGAUGCAUGUCAUAUUUUUCUAUGAAUUCACCCCCUUUUUUAAUUUUAAUGCCACCUUAAAAUAAUGGAUUGACGUAUGUUUCAUUCUUCGUUACAUUUUUUUUUCAGAUGUAAUUCCACUAAAGUAUGUGGCAGGUGCGUGUUUUUCCAGUAUUCAGAACAUACGUUCGCGUCUGAAAGGUACAAACGACAUCCCACAACAUAUGACUCCGUAGCCUGUGGAGUUUUUAACAAACCCAUGACGCUGAGGCCAGGCCCUUCUUCGGUGGUACACUUCAUCAACUGAAAUCUGAUCAGUCCUCAUUAAUGAUGAAGUGCAUUGUGGGUAUAAAAACAAAAAUCCUCACUUUUUAUUUUUUUGCCAAUCCUAGCGACAUUGUGCAAUACAAGCGUGUUUGGGGACGGCCCAAAUCGUGACAGUUAUCGCUUUAUCCCUGCGCACAUACUGACCACACGAUGUAUGGAUAUGUUUGUUAUUUGCUUGUCAUAUGGAGUAUCUGCUUUCUUUUUAUUCUCUUCGAGAUGAACCAUUGACGUUUGUUGUUCUUAAAGACUUUGUAAACAUAUAAUUCUAUUACCCACUUCGUAGAAGAAUUGUGACUGACGCCCUCUUCUGGAGGGUCAACCAAUCACAGCAUAUGAUAUCUAUUUCAGAGGAAAGCUACCGGGCAUCCAAGAACUUUCAGAAUUAUGAAAUUAUGAGACCAGAAAUCUGUGAUGGCUUUCAUUGUAACAGCAAAAUUUGCGGUUUCCCAUUAUAACAUACAAUAAUUAUGAAAGUGUAUUGCUAUUGACUAUAUGCUUAUGGGGCCCUCUGGGUUGGUCCCCAUAAUCACGUUCAGAUUUGUGUGUGUUUGAAAAUGCUUAUGAGGCCCAAUGGCUGUGUCCCCACAAACACGUUUUCAAAUUUGUGUGUUUGAAAUUGAUGUUCCAUAUAUGUAUUGAGUUUUGAACCAUCAUUUGUCGUGGUGAGGUAAGCUCACGUGGAAUUGAAAUUUUAACAUUGAGUCAUUAUUAAUUGUAUUAUUUAUUGGUAUUAUUUCUGAUGGGUGAUAGAGUCAAUGAAUUGAUGCCCAGCAGGAAAUCCUUGUGAUGAUGAUGAUCAGUUUGCGUUUAUGACUGGUUGAUUAAGGUAACCCUCUCCUUGAAGACAAUUAAGGAUCAAUAUCAUCUUUCUGAGCAAAAAGCAGAAGUCUUGUCGCAAAUACGUCAGUAUUAUAUUGUGCAAUCGUUUGAAAUGUUACACCCUGCUUUAUUUUCUUUCAUUUCAUCCUGCUUUUAUUAGAUUUUACUUAUUUUAACUGUCUGGUCAAAUCUUUGUCACUUUUCACUCGCAGACCAAAAUUAGUUUUCUUCUUUAAUGUUUUUUUUGUUCCAGGAACAACACACGGUAUGAUGUACUUUAGAAUAGUUGUUCGCUUUCCUGCAUCCAUAUGACUUUCUUGGCUCUUGGUUUGCGAUUUCCUGCCCUGAGCGCAAAACUUCCAGUAUUGCUGAUUCUCAUGUAGUUUUCAUCAAGGCUACGGUUGCGUCAUGCGUCUGUGGGACGCCUACGUUAAAGGUCUCUAUCGAUGCUGGGCUGUUUUACUGUACAGUUGAGUUGGCGGAACUCGAACGACGAGAAAUCGGUGAUCCAAAGAGUAAAAUUUCCGAGGCCUUUUGUUGUAGCUAGUUGCUUGGUUCAAGCGCUUACAUCACGCACCUCAGUCCCUCCCCCCCUCAUUUGCGUCCCCCCUCACUAGAACACCUAACUGGCAUCGUACGUGACCAUUUCCUAAGGAAAUGAAUAUUUUCAGAGACUGCCUGUUCUCCUCUCUGCAGGACAGUUUGUAAGGACUGACGCCCUCUGUGGCCGGAGCCGUAGAGGGAGAGGUACUCCCAAGUCAAACUCUCGAAGCAUUCUUUCGGCGGUGAACUCCUUUGUACAGUUUUAAAAUUGCCUAUUUUGUGACUCAGAAUAGACACUUUGGUCAGUAAUGCUAGACAUCAUCAAUGCAGUGUAAAGAUGCUCUAUUGUACAAUUGCCUUUUCUACUCCCGUUCGGUUUUUCUACUCUUUUCCCCUUGUAUAUAGACCAAUAAAUUAUUUUUAAAAACA